GCGAAUGGAUCAGCGCAUUAGAUUCAUUUAGGCAGAGAAUAACUUGGCGCGCCUAUGUUUCACCAAUACAACCAAUGGCGCUUCCCUCAGCUACCCGGCACAGGGAUGGCAUUGGCAUUUCUUUAGCCAGAAUGAUGCAACCUCGUGGAGUUUGCUCCACCGGAUGUAAACACUUUUCGCCAACAAUGUGGAAUGUCACGGGCAGUAAGCAACGUUGGACGCCGUAUUGGCAGCCGCCAAAUAGAAUCUAUGCGCAGAUCAAGAUACAACAGGGAACUAUGUAAAUAAGUAGUCCAUGGUUUCCUCUCCUUUGUUCAUGUAUUAGACGCCACACCCAGCUUUCAACGUACCUUGUGUAAAUACUACAAUCCGGAUUUUCAAUCUAUGAAUACUUAAUUUUGACUCAUAAAUAUUGCCGAGAUGCGUAUCACUUCCGUCUUCGCGGUCCUGGCGGCCGCCGUCUCGGCCAGUCCUUUCCCGAUGAUGAUGACCAUCGAGGCCACCGAUGACUAUUCGUGGGACAUCAUAAACUGGGAUUCAGGCUGUACUGGCAGCGGUUGCUUCUACAGCUUCAACAUCACCGGCGAGGCUUCCACCGUUUCACGACCUCCGAAGCCAGCGUUCUUCGCAAACUGUGCUGGUGAAAUCGAAGGCGCACCAUACCGACUGUGCACCCUCUACGAUGACAGCACAGUAGCCCGCCGGGUUGCUGCCAAGCUCCUCCCUGUCAACAGCACGGGAACUGGAGCCCAUAUUCAAGUCAGCUACCAAUAUGUUGACUUGGCGACGCCAACAACUUUUUGGAAUUUCACGGGGAAGGCCAACACAGUCUAUAAUCAGUUUACGGGCCCUUGUCUCAACUUCACCAUCACUCCCGACACGAUUUGGGGCGUUGCAUAAAUGGCUAUAUCGUCGAGGAACCGUUGAGUAGGAUGUGAGGUGUAAAGACGUAAUUGUGAAUACUUGGGACCGUUAUCUGCACGGAUUUGGACACUUGUACGACGGACGAAAACCUCUUUUGUCGAAAAAUUGAAGUUGAGUUACCAAAAUGGAAGGGUCAAAGUGGCCCAUGAGAUCAACUGACGGAAGAUAUUGGGAUGAUAAAU